AGGAUGUGACGGUGACCUGCUCCCUUCGCCUCUCCCUCUCUUCAGCUUCCCUUUGCCAAGAAGCCACCACGGCACCAGACGCACAACCGAAGAACGAGCGAACCAACCAACCCCUCGCUCACUGAAACUUCUCAAGCCCCCCGUUCCUCCGCUCGCUCUGCCACUGCUACUGCUAGCUAGGCCGCUGCCGCUUCAGUCGGCUUCCCUUCCUUGUCGUCGAGUUAGCCGGCCGGCAUGGCGUCCAGCGCCUCCCGGUUCAUCAAGUGCGUGACGGUCGGCGACGGCGCCGUCGGCAAGACCUGCAUGCUCAUCUGCUACACCAGCAACAAGUUCCCCACCGACUAUGUACCCACCGUGUUCGACAAUUUCAGCGCCAACGUGGUGGUGGACGGCACCACCGUGAACCUGGGCCUCUGGGACACUGCAGGGCAGGAGGAUUACAACAGACUGAGACCGCUGAGCUACCGGGGAGCCGACGUCUUCGUGCUCGCCUUCUCGCUCGUCAGCCGCGCCAGCUACGAGAACAUCAUGAAGAAGUGGCUACCGGAGCUUCAGCACCAUGCGCCCAGCGUGCCGAUAGUGUUGGUUGGUACAAAAUAUGAUCUCCGUGAAGACAAACAAUACUUGCUUGACCAUCCUGGCGUUGUGCCUGUUACUGCAGCUCAGGGGGAGGAACUCCGCAAGCACAUUGGCGCAACCUGCUACGUCGAAUGCAGCUCAAAGACACAGCAGAAUGUCAAAGCUGUGUUUGAUGCUGCCAUCAAAGUAGUGAUCAAGCCUCCAACAAAGCAGAGGGAAAGGAAGAAGAAGAAAGCACGGCAAGGAUGUGCAUCAUUGGGUGUCCUGUCUAGAAGGAAACUGGCAUGCUUCAAGUGAUCAAAGGCCUUCCAUGGUGAUCAGGGAAUUAUUUGAGCAAGGCGGAAGCGGCAGCUUGUGUACUCCCUCUGUAAACUUGUUAAGACGUUUUAGGUCACUAAAGUAGUGUCGUAAAACGCCUUACAAAAGUUUACAGAGGUAGUAGUUUUUUAUCUCAUGUUUUGCACUUUGCAGUGUGUGUAUAUCUCAUGUUUUGUAAUCGGCCAAUCAACUAGUAGAGCUAGAUUACUAUGGUCCAUUGGUGCUUGUAACAAAUUAGGGAAUGUUUUGGUACAGCUUGAGCAAUGCCGGGAUCUUCUUUUCGCUCCAAAA